AUGGUCUAUGGGGGCAAGCCGAGUACCGGAUGUUACCUGUGUCGCAAGCGGAAGAUAAAGUGCGAUGAAGCUCAACCCGAGUGCAGGAACUGCAUUAUAUAUGGCCGCCCUUGUCCGGGGUAUCGGCCCAAUGCAGUCUUCCGCAAUGAGACCAGGAAAAUUGAGCGACUGGUGAAAAUUGGCAAUAGCACCAGCAACAACAGCAGCAGUGGAAGUAAUAGUGGUAGUCAAGGCCAUACGCCUGAUUCCGACUCAUCGGUCAUCGUGGCCGGGCGCCGGCGCCAUGGAAGCAUCCAGAGCAAGUCCACGUUAACAUUGUAUUCGCCCGCUGAUGCAAAUUGGGAGCAAAGAGCUCUAUGUUACUUUUUUGAUCAGUUUACCAUCCAAGCCGACGAAGAGGAUGGUGGCCAUCUCGACUAUCUGCCCCCGCUAUAUGCGCGUGAAAUUGGUCGUCAGAGCGGCAAUGCGCCGUCUUCGUGUUUGCGGUGGGCGGUUGAUGCUACGGCAUUGAUGACUCUUGCUAAUGCUAAGAAUGCUUCUCCGCUGAUGAACAAAGCUAGACUGGAUUAUGGCAAAGCCUUACGUAGUUUGCAAGAGGCUUUGGCGUCACCGGCUCAUGCGGUCAAGGACGAGACAUUUGCUUCUGUUGUCCUGCUUUCGCUUUAUGAGGAUAUCUCUGGUGAGCGUAACGGGUUGUUUAGCUCGCAUACCGCGGGCUUCGAGUUCCUGAUGAAGCUUCGUGGUGAGGGGCAGAUGGAUCAUCGGCGUGGGAGGGAUAUGUUCAACUUUGCUUAUACACAUCUUUAUGUUGAAAUUCUCGCCCUGGGAGAUAAACCCCGCUUCGACGGCGACUGGGUUGUCGGCAUGCUAGACAGCAACAAUCCCGUUGAGAGAUUGAUGCUCACAGCAUCCAGUAUAUCCCAACUCUUCACCUCUAUGCGCCCCGCGCCACCCCCAGACCAAGCAACCGUCGAAGCGUGGAUUGCGGCCGGCCUCGAAUGCGAUGCUGAACUCGCUCAAUGGACUCAAACCCUCCCUGACCGCUGGCUCCCUCUCUUCGUCUACUCCGACCAGGGCGAGCCGCUCAUGACUUAUAACCGGAUCUCCACCGCUCUGGUCUGGAAUUACUAUCGCGCUGUGCGGGUCAUGCUGCAGCAACUCUUACUCAGCCUGCACGGCUCUCUGGCUGCCAUCAAAAUGCAGUCUUCCUUUACUUCUACCUUCAAACCUCCAAACACGCAACCCGGUGAUUCCACACCCGGAACAAGUAUAAGAGCAACAAUCCGUGAAUUAACUACAGAAGUCUGCCGCGGCCUCCCCUUCUGUCUAUCAGACGUCGAUUCCCUUGGCCGCCCGACGAAAACAGUUGGUGAAUGGCAGACACGCGCCGCUCAGGGCUAUGGUCUUCUCUGGCCACUGUGGUACCUCCUUUCCUGUGGCAUGCCCACACUAGCACAGGUCGAGCAGAUCCGCACCGUGUUAUAUCGCAUUGGCUCUAAGCAUGGUAUCAAGCUGGCUUUGGUGCUUGCUCGUGAAGCUGAGCGUAUUCGCCGUGAGCAGCAUACUGAGGUACCAGUUGUGAAUUCUGCAUGA